GAAAAAUGCAAAAAGAUAAUUAUAGACUAGGAGGUUUCCUCGGGCAAGAUGCCGAAGAUAUUCUGUAUAAUGAACUUAUGGAAGAAAUUGGGUUGCAAAGGACAAAAUCUAGUGACCAGGAGCCUCCUUUGAAUAUAAAUGAAGCUGAAGUGAACGAUGAUCUUAACUUGCUUGAAGUAGGCAGCAGUUUUGACUUCCAUGAUUUCUCUUAUAAUCUUGGAAAAGAAGAUGAAAAUUUGUUUGCAAAUAUAAAAGAUGAAAAGUAUGAUCCAACCGAUGGACAGAGAGAAGUAGAGCUGGUGAGCAACAAUUUUGAUAUUUUGAACUCUGAUGUAAUGGUACCAGCUUCUGGUGAUGACGAGCUUAUCCAUGAAGAGGCUAAAGAGAUACCUCACGAUAAAAAAUUAUUAGACCAAGCCUCAAUUAAUGAAUCUUGCUCUAAGUCUACCACCCCUGAUUCAGAGAAGUUUGAUAUAGUAUCUUUCUUAUCAAAAAGACUUGAGCUCUCACAUUACAAUAAGAUAUAUGAAGGCCUGAAACAGAACAGGCCUAGAGGAAGGCCAAGAAUUAUCAAAGAUACCGAUAAGGAUGUCAUUUGGAACCAGAUUUUUGAGCAACUUGCUAUAAAGGGAAGCAAAAGAAGGAUUAAGCAAAGAAUUGAUGCUAAGACUGCCUCUAUCUGUAGAGAUUCAAAGAAAGUUGUCGACCAUAUUCUUAAAUAUGUCGGCUCUAAAUGAAGAUACAAAUCUUCAGAUAUGGAAGAAGUUAUUGACUCUUAUGCCGAAGCCUUCACAGUUGGAUUCGUUCCAGCAGUACUUGAAGGUGGAGCUGUAGAGGACAAGAUCAGGUUAUUCUGACAAUUUAUUGUCCUCUCAUAUCCUGAAGCGAAAGUUGGAACCAUAAUUUCUUCUUUGGAAGAAGCCAAUUAUUUAUCUUUUGACGAAAGCCAAAACUUACUUCGUCAAGUCAAGAUAAGAAAAUUGUCUUCAAAGAAGAAUUUCCAAAAUUUAGUUAGCCAAAACGUUUGCUUUAAAAAUAUUAUUUUAAAGCUUUUGGCCAAGCUAGAUUCGUCCCCUCUCAAUAAUAAGGAAGAAUUCAGAACAAUCUUGGGACAACUUAUCGCAGAAGAAAUCUAAGAGUGCAUCUCAGCCUGAUUACCAGCAUCUUUGAAGUUCCUUCUAGAAGCGUGCUUCUAGAAGGAAUAUUUGACUUAAUUUAUUCUAAACACUUUUUCUAAUUUCGCCAAUUCUUUGCGAUUAAUUUUGAUUGGU